GAACAUUAAAUAUUUUGUUAUUCAAUACAGAGAUACAGGUACAAGUUGAUAAGAGAAUAACAUUAGCUCAAUUGAAGGAGAAGCUAGUUCCACUGAUUGGUGUACCAGCUGCUGGUUUUAGAAUGUAUGGAAUCAGAAACAAUAAAGAAUAUGAAAUGGCAGGACUGCAUGAGACAUUAAUGGACAUCAGAUCUGGAUCAAAAUUGAUAGUAAGACUGGGUAGAGCAAUAAGAAAAGGAGAGUACAGAAUUAAAUUAUAUUUAUUACAAGUUAACAAUACAGACUUUUGUAAAGAUAUGAUGGACUCUAUUGUUGCUAAGUACACACCAGUGAGAGAAUUUAAGAAACAAAUUCUUGAAGAAGCAAAAGUACGAAGAAUUGACUGUGACCUUGAAUUAGACAAAAUGAGAUUACGUGACAAGAGAGGAGUGAACCCUGGUAGAAUAUAUCUUGAUCAUCAGGUGAUUGAUACUAAGGAAACAUAUUAUGUGGAGCCAUUGAAAG